AUGUUCAGCCGAAACGCUCGCGCUGCUCUCAGGAGCACCCCACUGCUGUCGGACAAUCUGGCUCGAAGCUAUGCUCGAAUCCAAACUAUAUCUAGUGCGCCGAAGCAUACUAAAGUAACCAGCGUGCAGACGAACGAGGCAUAUGCACCUUUCGCCCAUUAUUCUCAAGCGAUCAAAGCGGCCGGUCAAGUCUGGCUCUCCGGACAGAUACCCGCAGACGCACAGGGGAACCUGAUCAAAGGCUCAAUGACCGAGCAGACUCAAGUUAUAAUCAAGAAUGCCGAAGCUAUUUUAAAGGCAUCGGGCACUGGGUUAGACAGGGUUGUCAAAGUAGUGGUGUACGUUAAAGAUGUCAACGUGAUGCCGGAAUUUGCCUCUGUUUAUGACUCUGCAUUCCCGCAUCGCCCUGCACGGUCUAUGGUUGAAGUAUCCAAAUUGCCCGCCGGGGUGGAUAUUCAGGUGGAUUUUAUUGCUGUCGUUUAG